CACAAAACUACAAUAGGUACAAAACUCGUAGAUAAAAUACAACGGCGUCCAGAGGGUAGCGCUUUCGCAGUGAAUGUGAGCGUCAGACAAAAAAGGCUGUCCCCGGAGCGGCCGUAUACUUAGUGCACGAUGCGCGUGACUUGUACCCGUGAGGAUAUUUCGCGGAUCCCGAAGCACAAGAACGGGCCGUACAGGCCCCGUGAGUUGACGCUAACGCGCUCGCCGUUGCAAGACGGACUGGGCAGAGUCGUAGGUUGGGGUGCUGCGAUACAAGCAGGCACCGCUUACUGAAUGAAAGGGCGAUGUCUUACGAGGGCCUGUACAUGAGAACAUCAAGGAAUCAAGCGCAUAUGUGCAUGUCACAUACUCUACAUGUCACACUUGGAUGCUCGAGCCGCCACCCCGCAUUGAAGAACCCUUGCAAACUGUAUGGACAGGCAGGAGUCGGUGCCGCAGGUUUGUGACAUAUUGAGCUUAGCGAGACACGGCGGAG